AUGGCGUGCCAUAUGCGAUUUCGCCGCCGCGCUCGUCUCGUGUCAACGCCGCCGCGUUUCGGAGACUCUUCCCAAAGCGCCGCCGCUGUCACCGUCGCCGUGUGCAUCCCCCGAGAAAAAUUUUGCCAGGGUUGCUUCCUGCUUGGUUUACAAAUGACGUCCGCGUGUGUUCUCUGCUCCUCACAGAAGAAGCCAAUCAAGAAGACAAAUAGCCGCGGCGCCAGCGUGAGCGGCGGAAACGGCGCCGGCGAACCCACCGCACACGCGCUCACCGUGGCGGAAAUGGAGGAGUACACCUUUUCGCUACUAUCUUCGCAAAUUGCACCGGGUCCCUCUCAGCUGUCCGAUCCAGCCCACUUGGCCCUCCGCAUGCUGCCGUCCGAGCUGGGCCUACCGUUACCCCGGCAACAUCAUCAACAACAACAAAUGCGUGGUAGCUGGCGGGGCUCUGUUUGGCAGCUUGGCCUCAUUAUACUGCUGCUGGCUUUGAUGUGGUUUGUGAGGCUCUACCUGCAUUACUGCAGCCAGUGGCUCUACCUGCAGGCCAUAGCAGUUCCUGUCAACAAAUUCCAGUUCCACGCACACACGGUGGACCUUGUGUACCAGAGUUCUCUGCUCCACACCCGCGAGGAGCUGGCGAUGGUGGUGGUGGGUCCCCUGACCUUGAACGCAGUAACGUUCCUGCUGGUUCUGAUCAGAUGGGGCUGUCAACAGAUAUUUGGCUCACUCCCUUCCUUCACGUCAAAGUUUAUCAUGGCUCAGGGAGUGUGGACAGUCCUGCACCCCCUGGCAGUCCUUGCAGUGGACGCCGUCCUUGGGCAUCUCGUUUACAGCCCAGAUAGACCAGUGGGUGACGCCGCCAAACUUUACUGGCACUUCCGCCGAGUGGACCAGUCGGGUGCAGCCGGGGUGAUCAUCACCCUCUUCCUUUAUGCUGUCAUUUUCCUCCUGUCCGUCACCAUCCUCUGCAUUUACCUGCUCAGAUUUCACAACGACGGCCGCAUUCUGGACGUCUUCCAGAGGCUCACCGCUAAGGAGGGGACUUACUUUGUACCGCAGGACUUGGAGCUGUCCAAUCAGGAGCUGAGCUACAUUGUCAAGAAGGCGGAGCAAUGGAGGGGUUUUAAUGGCGAGAGGCGCAAGGUGUCAGUGUACGACUACGUCUGGACGGCACAGGACCCGCUAGCGGGUUGCGCCACCCUUAUAGAUGACCCACAUAGGGAGGAAGGGUCUUCGCCCCUGCCAGAGGGCGAGACCAGCACCCACGUGGCCGUUUACACGCUCUACGUGAGCGGGCUCAAGCAGAGACACCGACAUUUCCUGCGACAACCAGACGGGGCCAUCAUUGAGGUGAUUGGCAACCUGGACGGGUCGGAAAAUACAACCAGGACCGUGUCCACCUCGGCUCCGAGGACGCAUCGGGACCGACCCGGCGUCCCCCGGCAGCUAAGAAAGCGAAAGAAGCUCUUCGGACGGUGCGCUCGCGUCGAGCCGGUGGGAGGAAGCAGGUGUGACUCCGGUUUAGCACAAGACCUCAACCAAUGAGAAUCCAGCACUGGGAGGUAUGACUCCAAACUGAGAACAACUGUCACUUUGUCCUGUAUGCACAUGAUACUUUUCAAUAUCAGCAACAAGGAUGUAACAGUAACAGCUAAAAUAGCAAUACUGCCUUGCUAUUAAGCGGGGUAAUAUCCUGACCGGCUUGAUUUCUAUUGAAUACGUGUCGGCUAUGGUCCGUGCUUAGCGUAAUAAAGUAGCACACAAAUCAGACCUUAAUGGCCGCCUACUUACGCAUAUUGCUUCAUUAAAGGUUGUGAGCUUAUUAGCAUGUGUCCUCAAUGCCGGGCAAGGCUUUAAAGAUUUAAUAGAUAGCUAAUACUGAGCUUAACAACAUGUCAUUUCUAUUAAUGAUGAGUCUUCUUUAUGGGCGGACAUUACACAUUGUAACGCCUCUGCUGUUCUCAAGCACGAGGUGGAGUGUUUGCUAUGAUAUGCGGUGAUGCUUUUGAUGACCUUAUUUAGGAAACCACAUUAAAACUAGCAGUAUUGUACUCCAAUAAUCUGAAGAUUAUUUAUAUGUGGUAUUUUUAGGUGCAAAUAAUAAUGGCUAUUAGGGGGUGGGAAAAAAUCAAUUCAGAAACGAUUCUCAUUUAAAAAAAAAAGAUUUUAUUUUAGUUUAUUUAUUUAUGUAUUUAUUUUUUAAUUAAUCAAUCCAACAAAACAAUACACAUCAAUACCAUAUCAAUGCAAUCCUAUUCCAAAACAGAACCUGACCCAGCAACACUCAGAACUGCAAUAAACGGAGCAAUUGAAAGGAGACACAAACACGACACAGAACAAACCAAAAGUAGAGAAACAAAAAUGAAUAUUGUCAAUAACAGUAUCAAUAUAAGUUAUAAUUUCAGCAUAGCAGGGAUUAAAAAUCCCUCUUUGACAUUAUCAUUAGACAUUUAUAAAAACUAAAAAAAAGAACAAUAGUGUCACAGUGGCUUGCACUUGCAUCGCAUCUCAUAAUCUUGACAACACACUGUGUCCAAUAUUUUCACAAA